UGUACCGCCACUCCUCACUCACUGUCACUGCCCCCCUGCUCUCCCUGCCUCCAUUACUCGCCUCGCGUCUCUCCCUGAUUCCUCCAUCAAUCACCUCGCUGGCUGCUGCCCCUCCUGCUCACAUCUACUCCGAGCGCAGCCUCCCUCCUGCUCACAUCUCCUCCAAGCGACGUCCUACCGUGCUUGGUCCAUGCCAGCCGCUCCAUGGCGACACGACGGUGAGGGCAGUGGCAGCACAGCUGCAGCCGCGACGGGGGCGGCAUGGUGGAGCCGGCGGUGAGCCGGUGACGACGACGACGAAUACUCAGACUUUGAGUGACACAUAAGCUUGGGUUUGCUUGCUUCUAUCCAUCUGGCAGCAAAACACAGCCAAAAUGGCCAUGGUCCUGGAUGCCUUUGCAUCCUAUGUACAGAGCAUGCUGACGGAGAUGGCCAGCGAAGAGGUGCACAUGCUGCUUGGAGUCGGAGACGAGAUUGACAAGAUGGAUCUCAAGCUCAGGGACCUCAACAACUUUCUCACCGACGCUGAUAGGAGAAACAUCACCGACAAGAGCGUGCAAGAGUGGGUGGCCCAGCUCAAGCGUGCCAUGUACGAAGCCACCGAUGUCCUAGACCUGUGCAAGCUCAAGGCCAUGGAGCAUGAUCCGUCCACUAAAGAUGUGGGGUGCUUCAACCCCUUGCUCUUCUGCAUGCGGAAUCCCUCCCAUGCCCACGACAUCGGUACUCGCAUCAAGGCGCUCAAUAAGAGGCUCGACACCAUCAAGGAGCGAAGCGCUGCUUUCAGCUUCAUUAAUCUUGGUUCCUAUGAGGAUCGUGGCAACAAGGUCCAUGGAUCUCAUUCUGGCGAUACCAGACGUGAGACUUCAGGGGAGUUUGACCGGUCAGGUGUAGUCGGAGAGAAGAUCGAACAAGACACAAGAAAGCUGGUUGAGAUCAUGCUGAGUGAAAAGGAGGGCAACACCAACAUCAUGGUGGUCGCCAUUGUUGGUGUCGGUGGAAUCGGCAAGACCACUCUUGCCCAGAAGGUCUUUAACGAUGAAGCCUUGAAUGCUGAGUUCGAGAAGAUGAUAUGGCUGAGCAUCAAUAAGGACUUUGACAAGGUUGAGUUGCUCAGGACAAUCAUCACGCAAGCCGGGGGAGUACAUGGUGGUGAAAAGGCAUUGGCUGUGCUUCAGCCAAUCCUUGCCGCUACCUUGAAAGGGAAGAAGCUAUUUCUGGUGCUAGAUGAUGUGUGGAACCAUGGAGCAUGGGAUGAUGUGCUUAAAACACCCUUGACUAAUGCUUUGGCUCGAGGUAGCCGAGUCCUUGUCACUACUAGAGGUGAAAUAGUAGCUCAGAGGAUGAAAGCUAUGCCUCCCUACCACCAUGUGGACAAAUUAGACUUGGAGGAUGCCUGGUCAUUGCUCAAGAAACAGAUAAUCUCAAGUGAGACUGAUGGACGUGACAUUGAUAUGCUCAAGGACAUUGGGUUGCAAAUUAUAGCAAAAUGUGAUGGUUUGCCUCUUGCAGUAAAAGUAAUGGGAGGUCUAUUGUGUCAGAAGGGCAAAAGACACCGUGAGUGGGAGAUGGUUCUGGAUGAUUCUGUAUGGUCGAUAUCUGGAAUGCCUGAAGAGCUAAACCAUGCAUUAUAUUUAAGCUAUGAAGAUUUACCUUCUUGUGCCAAACAAUGCUUUCUGCAUUUCUCCCUUCUCCCUAAAACUGCAGUGUUUUUUAGCAAUGAAAUCAUUGGCAUGUGGAUAAGUGAAGGAUUUCUUCACGGGACCUCAGAUGACUUAGAAGAGCUCGGAAGAAAUUGCUAUAAGGAGCUGAUGCUGAGGAAUCUUUUAGAGCCAAAUACAAAGUAUGUUGGUGAAGAUGUGUGCAACAUGCAUGAUGUUGUAUGCUCAUUUGCUCAAUUUGUGGCUAGAAAUGAGGCACUAGCAGUUCAGAGUGGAGAAAUUAAUAUUGUUAGUAAACUUACUGCACAUGAGUUUCUCCGGUUAUCGGUAGAAAGCAAAACAUCAGAAUCAGAUGGGUUGGAGUGGAGUUCUUUGCAAGCACAAAAGACAUUAAGGGCACUAAUAUCAGUUGGCUAUAUAAAUAUCAAGCCUGGUGAUUCUUUGGUUCAUUUUCCAUUUCUACGAACUUUACAUAUAGAUUAUGCACAUGUUGUAGCAUUGCUUGAAUCCUUGCAUGAACUCAAGCACCUGAGGUACUUGUCCUUAGGAAACACUGAUAUAUCAAGUCUACCUGAUAGCAUUGGAAAGAUGAAAUUCUUGCAGUACAUUAGCCUUACAGGAUGUGAGCAAUUUGUUAAAGUUCCCCGUAGCUUUGUAAAGUUAGCGCAGCUAAGGUACCUUAACUUCAGUGGAACAAGCAUAGAAGGCAUACCUAGGGGGUUCCAUGCUCUAACGAACUUGAGGGUAUUACAUGGUUUUCCAGCCCAGGUGGAUGGUGAUUGGUGUAGUUUGGAAGAGUUGGGUCCACUUUCUCGGCUCAACAGUCUUGGAUUGGACGGAUUAGAGAAUAUAACUGCUUCCUCAUAUGCAGCAAAGGCAAAGCUUAUCAACAAGGUGCAUCUUACUAUUCUAUUCUUAAAUUGUGGUAGUAUAUUGGGAGAUGAUGGGCUGAUUAAAGAGGAAGAUUGCGUGUCUGAGGAAGCGCAACAACAAAUCGAGAAGUUGUUUGAUGAGCUCUGCCCUCCGUCCAGGUUAGAAACUCUUUACAUCAGAGGAUAUUUUGGCCAACGGCUCCCAAGGUGGAUGAUUUCAUCACUAGAUGUGCCCCUCAAGAACUUAAGGAUUCUGUUCAUUGCCGACCUAGCAUACUGCACACAGCUUCCUAUUGGUUUGUGUCAACUCCCUUAUUUGGAGCUCAUUCAGAUCAAUCGUGCUCCAGCCAUCAAGCUUGUUGGACCUGAUUUCCUGCAGUCCUACCAUCACCACAGUCCUCGUCCUUCCCAAAUGCUGCCUGCAUUUCCAAGAUUGCAUGAGAUGAAUUUAGGAGGAAUGGUGGAGUGGGAGGAGUGGCAGUGGGAGGAGCAAGUGCCAGCCUUUCCUGUCUUGCAGGUACUUAGGCUAUAUCGGUGCAAAUUGAGGUGUCUUCCUCCUGGUCUUACCUCCCAAGCAAGGGCUUUGUAUUCCUUAUCGAUAAGAUAUGUCCAAGGUCUUACCUAUCUAGAGAACUUUCCAUCUCUGGUCGAGCUGAAACUGGAUGAAAACCUUGACCUGGAGAGGUUCACUAAUCUUCCCAGACUGCAGAAGCUUAGCAUCGAAGACUGCCCAAAGCUGAAGGUGCUGGAGGGUGUUCCUGCACUCCAGAGGCUCAUACUCGCGGAUAAGGACAUGGAGUCACUCCCAGAAUACAUGGGAGGUAUAAACCCAAGGCAUUUGGAGCUAUACUGCAGCCUAGCACUGCUCGCUUCCAUAGCCGCGGGAGAAUCUGGCCCUGAGUGGGACAAGUUCAGCCAUGUUGAGCAUGUCAAGGCAUAUGCACGCGAAGGAGAUAAUUCAAGGAAAUGGUAUGUCUUGUACACAGCUAACCCCUACAAGUUGGAGACAAAUGUCAGCCUCUCUUUCAUGUUGAGAGGAACCUUGACCUUUUUUGAGGACACACAAAGAUUCGAGUCUCUCUUCAAAAUGACGAAGAAAACCUUUAGCUACAUCUGCAGUUUGGUGAUGGGGCCAUCAAUGGAAGAUAUGAAUAGCUACACCUUUGUUGACGGUAGGGUGCUGUCUUUAGAAGAUCGGGUAGCCGUUGCUCUUAGAAGGUUGCAGUCCAGUGAGCUAACAGAGAGCAUAGGAUCCUCUGUUGGUGUGAACGAGUCAAUCAUCUUGUUGGUAACUGAGAGGUUCGUUGCUGCAAUGUGCGAGAGGGCAGUCCACCACACAAGCUGGCCAGACUGCAGUGAAAAGGAUGAAAUCAAAUCCAAGUUUGACAAGAUCCACAAUAUGCAUAACUGCUGCGGUGUUAUAUGUACAACGCACAUCCCAUUUGGACCACACUGGGACCAUGAGAAGAAUUUUGGUACACUGAUGCAAGUUGUCGUUGAUUCAGAGAUGAGGUUUAGAAAUAUUUGGCUCAGAUCAGGUAUGAACCAGUCGAGCGUUUUGCAGGACUCUCGAAUCUUCAAGGAGUGCGAGAAGGGAGGUUGGCUGAAUGGCAGCAAGCUGAAGGUAGCAUUAGAUGGAUCAGAAGUCGGGGAAUACAUAAUUGGUGAUGCAGGAUAUCCUCUUCUCCCAUGGUUACUCACACCUUACCAGGAAGAAGAUCUCUCAGAUUCCAAGGCAGAGUUCAAUAGGAGACAUUCUGCGGCCACAAACUGUGCUCUGAAGGCGCUGGCAAGGCUCAAAGAUAUAUGGAAGUGUCUGCAGGGAGAGGCGUGGUGGCCGGCCAACCUGAAAACUCUAGGUAAAAUGAUAGAUGCCUGCUGCACGUUGCAUAACAUAGUCAUAGAAAUGGAGGAUGAUGCAGCAAUGCUGAGCCCCAAGGGGAGGAAUUACUCCAAGGAAGUGCGCCAGUUAGCAAACGAGGACGCUGUCUGGGCGAGGAAUAUCCUGUCGCAACACUUCUUGCCCAGCAGGUCUUCCAAAUCGAGAGAGCAGGAUGAUGAAGCAGCUUCAUCAGGCUCAAGGGGUGAAAACAAGAAACAAGAAGUGCAGACAAGAACAGAGGAUGAAGAGAUCAUAAACUAGAGGAUAACAAAGGAGCUUCAUCAGGCCCUGUGGGUGAAAA